AUGUCCAUUACUUUUCUACGUCAUAUCCGGCCGACAAAAGCUGUUGCGGCCAUUGCUGCCGGGGGCAUCAGUCUGGGCAUUUACUCACGCAUGAUGACCGACAGCGCUCAUGCGGACUCGGGAAGCCCAUCAAAGGUGUUUGGCAGUGGUCCUGCUUUCGUUUCGUUACCUUUAGAGAGCAGCGAAGUUGUCAAUCACAACACCAAGCGUCUCCGUUUCAGGUUACCAGACGAAAAUGCGGUCAGCGGGCUAGCUCUCACCUCCGCCGUUUUGACCAUAUCAUGGCCGAAAGGCCGAUGGCUCCCAGUAGCAAGGCCAUAUACACCCAUCAGCCCAUCAGAUCAGCCUGGAACUUUGGACUUGCUUGUGAAGUUGUAUCCAGACGGAAAGCAGAGCACGCACCUGCACUCAUUAUCGCCCGGCGAGACACUCCUCUUCGCUGCUGGGUUGAAAGGCCCCGCAUGGAAGCCGAAUGCCAUUCCCCACGUCACACUGAUUGCUGGCGGAGCUGGCAUUACGCCAAUCUAUCAGCUAACCCAGGGGAUCCUGCGGAAUCCUGAAGACAAGACAAAUAUCACGCUCGUGUUCGGCAUCAAUACGGACGCGGAUGCCCUGUUGAAACCCGAAUUUGACGCCUUCGAGAAGGAUUUUCCCGGUCGGUUUGAAGCCAUCUACACCCACCGGAGGUUCUGGCAUUAUCGUUCUAAAAUUGACAACUACCGCUCUGUCCUCGAAACCUUCCCUCUCAACCAAGGUGUCUUCUUGGACCAAGUCUAA